AAACACACAACAAAAAUGUCGACCUACGACCUACCGGCGAACCUGAUUCAUCGUCAGCUUCUCAUGUUUAUUGGGAUAAACAUCUUGGUCACGGAUCAGAAAGACCAAAAGGAAGAAGAAGUCACUUUCCAGUUUCGAGAUAUGGCAUCCUCGCCCUCCCAAGAAAGACCAUGUCCCUCUGAAGAUCCAGCGGGUGCAAAUAGCGAGGAUGAGAAUGAUUCGGAGGAACCCUUGGAGCGAUUGCUCAAGUCCCACCGAAAGGAACGAAAAGAUCUCCAAGCCCAAAUUCAAGCCCUAAAGAAGUCGGCGAGCAAAGGGGAUAAGAAGAAACGCAAAGACCUGGUGGAAGAGGUGGCCACUUUGGAACGGGCCUGUGUCCAGCGGCAAGAGCGGGAAAUCCAGGACUUGCAAGAGGCUCUGAGCUCACAGUGUGUGGUAUCCACUAGCACUGAGGGGCCCAAGUCGGAGGAAAGUCAUCCAGAUUCUGAGCCCGCCAAUCAAAAGCGAGUGUCCAAGGCCCAACGGAGGAGGGAGAAGACCGCGGAAAAAGCGCGCAUUCGACUCGAUGCCAUAGAGAAGCAAGAAGAGGAGAAUAAGGAAGGAUCCCGUCAAAAAGAAAUUCAAGCCAUUCAAGACAGUCUACGUUCACGAGAUUUGGCAUUGUACGAUAUCUCAUCGGAUGGCGAUUGUCUUUUUGCUGGUGUGCGGCAUCAACUGAUUUCCAAGCAAGCCAGAGAAAUGAGUAUUCGGGAGUUGCGGGAGGGAGCCACGAGCGUUCUUAGGCGGAAUAGGGAUGAUUAUUUGCCAUUUCUGAUUGCUAUGGACUCGGAGAGCGUGAAAGAGAGCGAUCCCAUGGAACAUUAUUGCCACAUCAUGGAAUCGACGUCAGCUUGGGGUGGCGAUAUGGAGAUUCGAGCCCUCUCCGAUCUGCUAGAAACGCCCAUUGAAAUUAUCCAGUGGCAAGGUGCGCCAAUUCACUUUGGUAGUCAAUUUGAUAAAGCGCCACUGGUUCUAACUUAUCAUCGGCAUAUAUAUGGAUUGGGAGCCCACUACAAUUCAACAAUCUAGAUGUGAUGUUAUUUUUAAUCUUCAUGAAUAUAAUAGUCGGUCGAAACUGUGA